GCGGCCGGAAAGCGGCCUGGGUUGGCCCUCAGAUUGCGGGGUCCAGGGGGCAUCAAGCCAGGCACCCCCCUGUCCGCCUACAAGGCCUUCCCCGGGCCAGAGCAAUGGCCGCCGAGAACAGUAAGCAGUUUUGGAAGAGGAGUGCCAAGCUGCCGGGGAGCAUUCAGCCUGUGUAUGGAGCACAGCACCCUCCUCUGGACCCUCGGCUCACCAAAAACUUCAUUAAAGAACGGUCAAAAGUCAACACAGUUCCUCUGAGGAAUAAGAAGGCCUCCAGUUUUCAUGAGUUUGCCCGGAAUACCAGUGAUGCUUGGGACAUUGGCGAUGAUGAGGAAGAGGACUUUUCCUCACCUUCUUUCCAAACUCUGAACUCAAAAGUGGCUUUGGCAACUGCAGCCCAAGUCCUAGAAAACCACAGCAAGCUGAGGGUAAAACCAGAACGGUCCCAGUCAACGACAUCUGACCUUCCUGCCAACUACAAGGUCAUAAAGUCCAGCAGUGACGCCCAGCUAUCCAGAAACUCCAGUGAUACAUGCUUGAGGAACCCUCUCCACAAACAGCAGUCACUCCCUCUCCGACCCAUCAUCCCCCUCGUUGCCCGGAUCUCAGACCAGAAUGCUUCUGGGGCCCCUCCGAUGACUGUCCGGGAGAAAACCCGCCUAGAAAAAUUCCGUCAGCUUCUCUCCAGCCACAACACUGACUUAGAUGAACUGAGGAAGUGUAGCUGGCCAGGGGUUCCCAGGGAGGUUCGACCUGUAACCUGGAGACUCCUGUCGGGCUAUCUCCCAGCAAACACUGAGAGGAGGAAGUUGACCCUGCAGCGGAAGCGGGAGGAGUAUUUUGGCUUCAUUGAGCAGUACUAUGAUUCUCGAAAUGAGGAACAUCACCAGGAUACCUACAGACAGAUUCACAUUGACAUUCCAAGGACGAAUCCUCUCAUUCCAUUGUUCCAGCAACCACUUGUACAGGAGAUCUUUGAAAGAAUUCUCUUUAUUUGGGCCAUCCGACACCCUGCCAGUGGGUAUGUCCAGGGAAUUAAUGACCUGGUCACUCCGUUCUUUGUCGUCUUCCUUUCAGAAUACGUGGAAGAGGAUGUGGAGAACUUUGACGUGACCAACCUGUCUCAGGACAUGCUGCGAAGCAUUGAAGCUGACAGCUUUUGGUGCAUGAGCAAACUGCUGGAUGGAAUCCAGGAUAACUACACCUUUGCACAACCAGGGAUCCAGAAGAAGGUCAAGGCACUGGAAGAGCUUGUCAGCCGGAUUGAUGAGCAGGUACAUAAUCACUUCAGGAGGUACGAGGUUGAAUACCUACAGUUUGCCUUUCGUUGGAUGAACAACCUGCUUAUGCGGGAGCUUCCUCUUCGCUGCACCAUCCGCCUGUGGGACACAUACCAGUCUGAACCAGAAGGGUUCUCCCACUUUCAUCUCUAUGUGUGUGCAGCCUUCUUGAUCAAGUGGAGGAAAGAGAUCUUGGAUGAGGAGGACUUUCAGGGCCUCCUCAUGCUGCUACAGAACCUCCCUACAAUACACUGGGGCAACGAAGAGAUCGGGCUGCUUCUCGCCGAGGCAUACAGACUCAAGUAUAUGUUUGCCGACGCCCCCAAUCACUACCGCCGAUAGGUGCUGUCUCUCCCUAGGGACCCAGACUGCCCCAUCUCUGAUGGCAAUCUGAUCACUGUGGCCACUGUGCGAGCUGUGGACCCCAGCCAGGAACCACUCCUGCUGUAAAAAGCUCACACCCGCCGCCCAAGUCUUAACGUUUUGGCGUCUGCCACUUCGUAUCUCUGGAUGUGUCUCUUGGAUCACUGUCAGUAUUCCAUGCCAUGUGGAUGGGCCCAGCUCUGGGAGAGGACAGAAAAGGAGGUACAGGGUUGUCUGCCCCUUUAGAAGAAACUGGACAAAAGAAGGGGAAGGCUCAGGGUCUCAACUCACAUUGUCCCUACAUGGACUGGCUGUCUCUUGCCUCCAGGCGCCAACUGAUACUGUUCCUUUUUGUGACAUAGUUUGAUUUGGUCACAGGUCAAAGACACCAUAUGUUUUCAGAAGACUCCUGGCCCCUGUUCCCUCUCCUUGAUUUCCUAGCCCUUCCCUUUCUGCCCUAGUAUGAGCCAGUGAGGGGCAGCUUUUUAAGGCCAUCGUUCUGGAUGGAAGAGGCACUGAUGCCUGUCACACUGGGAAGAGGGCUACACCCAAGGGCUAGGAAUUUGAUUUUUCCUUUUCCCAUCAGAUGUCUGUAUGUGUGCAUAUGUGAGAGUGUGUGUGUAUACAUGCCCAUCAGCAUUUAGUUACAGGUCUGAAUAUCUGUGUUCAGACUAGCCUCAUCAGAGCCAGUUGGGAAGGGCCCCAGUGACCAAGUGUAUAAGCAUCACUUGAGAAGGAUCAGGGCAGGGGAGGGAAAAGGGGCUUUUUACCUCUCCAAACCAUUUUCCAUGAUGACCCACUCCAAGAUAUUAUGUGUAAAUUGUGUUAUUAUGUAUAUGGGUAAAGAUGUACAAAUAUAUGUCCUCUUUGUAUCAGAUAUGAUUUUAUAUUUAUAAUGUGCAGCAACAUGUGAAAGCAAUCUAGGUCACUAGCACAGAUGAAGUUGCUAGGCAGGUGGCUUCAGCGCCUCCAGCGCCUCCAGGUUGGUUUCUGGGUGCUGUGCUGUGAGGGAAGUAAAAUGGGAGUUAGCCAGGUGAGUACAGCUGAGCAGGUGAGCUGCUUUGAAAACCAGUGGCAACCAUCCCAAGCGUCAGUGUCGCCGAGUUUUCCUCUUUGCCCCUUCCUUCCCACCCCUCCCUGGGCCUUUCUGGAGUCUCUGCCCUGCUCCUCUCCCUCUUCAGCACCCUUCACCCCCAGCAGCCUCCCUGAAAAGGGACUGCAGAGGCAGAAGCCCUUUCUACGUGUUGUACACCUGCCUUCCCCUGCCCCCCUCUGAAUCUGGGGAGGGCUUUUGUUUUUAUAUUUUAAAGUCAGCAUUGUAUUCAGGACAGAAGCUGUGACUGACUAGUCAGUGCCAAGGAAAGGGGUUUCCUGUGUGUCCCUGGGGUUUGGGGCUCAUUUCAGAGAGUAGUAUUUGGUGUCCCAUACUAUCACCAUCACACCCCACACAGCUCAUGAGAUGUGUGACCCAUGUUCGAUUUUUGGUGUUUGAUAGUAGAGACAUGGGAGGGGGAGGGGGGCAAGCCCCUGUCAUCCUCUUGGGAAGCCAGGCAGUGUUCCCAGUGGGUGACACCCUUGAGUCUCUCACCAGCGAAGCCCCACCACACCACACUGACAUGAGUUAGGUUUCUCAUCUGGAGCUGUUUCUCAGGCAUUCUUCCUAACCUUUUUUUUUCUUCCUCCCUUUUGGUGUGCCUCAGUAGUCUCCUUCACAGAGUGAAAGGGCUGUGACCCUCUCUCAACUGGACUAAUUAGAGAAAGACACUUGUGUUCCCAAGUGGUGUUUUUAUUUUUUUAGUUUUUAUGUUUGUAUGGGAAAUUGUGGAUAAAGUGAAAGAAUUGUAAAUAAAUAGUGUAUUUGCUCCUCCA